UGAGAAACAUUUUUUACCUCCAAAAAGAGGAAAUUAUUGUCAAAGGAUAAAAAAGAAGAAUAUUUAGAAAUCAAAUUCUAGUUAAUUGUAGAAUGUCAGUUACAGGAUCAGGAGAUGCUGGUAUGUCUCGAAUAGAAACUGACAGUUUUGGUGAAAUACAUGUGCCAGUAGACAGAUACUAUGGGGCAAACACUGCCAGGUCUUUGAUGAAUUUUGACAUUGGUGGUCCAACAGAACUAAUGCCAAUUCCAGUAAUAAAGGCUCUGGCAAUCCUGAAGUAUUGUGCUGCUAGAGUAAAUCAAGACUUUGGUUUGAAAGCUGAGCUCUCACAGGCCAUACAACAGGCAGCUGAGGAGGUAGCAAAGGGAUCACUGAAUGAGCAUUUCCCGCUGGUGAUAUGGCAGACUGGCUCAGGUACCCAGAGUAACAUGAACAUGAAUGAGGUACUCAGUAACAGAGCUAUAGAGAUACUAGGAGGAAAACUUGGCAGUAAAACUCCAGUACAUCCUAAUGACCAUGUGAACAUGAGUCAGAGUUCCAAUGACACAUUUCCAACAGCAAUGCAUAUUGCUGUUGCUAUGGAGAUACAUGAAAGGUUGUUACCAGGACUACAGAUGUUACAUGAUGCAUUGAAGGUUAAGAGUGAAGAGUUCAAAGACAUUGUAAAAAUAGGACGAACACAUACACAGGACGCUACCCCACUGACACUAGGCCAGGAGUUCAGUGGUUUUAUACAGCAGAUAUAUAAUGGUAUAGAAAGGGUCAAGGUUACACUGCCUAGACUGUAUGAACUGGCAGCUGGAGGUACAGCAGUAGGGACAGGUUUGAAUACAAGGAUAGGAUUUGCUGAAAAAAUAGCAGACGAAAUUGCAAAAUAUACAGGUUUACCAUUUGUGACAGCGCCAAACAAAUUUGAAUCUCUAGCUGCCCAUGAUGCGCUGUUAGAAGUGCAUGGUGCUUUGAAUGUAGUAGCUAGUAGCAUAAUGAAGAUUGCCAAUGAUAUACGAUUCCUGGGUUCAGGACCAAGGUGUGGUCUGGGAGAGCUCAGUCUACCAGAGAAUGAGCCUGGCAGCAGCAUAAUGCCAGGUAAGGUCAAUCCUACACAGUGUGAAGCCAUCACCAUGGUAUCAGCUCAGGUCAUGGGGAAUCAUGUUGCAGUUACUAUAGGUGGAAGUAACGGACAUUUUGAACUUAACUGUUACAAACCAUUGAUAGUUAGUAACGUUCUUCAGUCUGUCCGUCUGCUAGCUGAUUCCAGUGUCUCUUUCACAAAGAACUGUGUGAAUGGUAUAAAAGCGAACCAGGAUGUUAUAGGAAGAUUGCUAAAUGAAUCACUGAUGCUAGUCACAGCUUUAAAUCCUCACAUAGGGUACGACAAGGCAGCACUGAUAGCCAAAACAGCACACAAAGACGGGGCCACAUUGAAAGUUGCAGCUUUGAAGUUAGGUUUUCUAACAGAGGAACAGUUUGACAGCUGGGUUAGACCUGAACAAAUGCUUGGGCCUAAAUAAAAAAAAUGUGAUAAUCCUAGAUGGGACCAAACAGAAAUUAAUGUGCCUUUUACUUCUUUUGACUUACCUCAUUUUAAAAAGAAAAAAGUACUUCACCCUCAUGGUUUUCACCUUCAUCUGUAAUUCCGAGUCUUUGUUAAAUUUUCCUUAAGCACAUUCCUGCAGAGACAAGAUGAUGUUAGUAUGUUAAACAAUUGUAGAUAAUGGUGUUAUUCUAUGAAUAUCAUUUAAAUAUUAUGUUACCAGGAAAAGGGACUAAAUUAAAGGUCAUGCUAAAACAAUGCAGCAAAGGGGCUUAUCAUAGGACUCUAUUAUAAACAAAAGGGCUGGCAGCUUUUCCUAAAUUCAUUGAACAAAACAGCUUACCUGUUUGAAACUAUCUGACAGUUUGUGACAAGUUAAAAAAAUGAUAAUAUUUUAUACCUUUAAUCCUAAAGUGACCUAGAACUAGAUAUCUCUUCACACUUGAUAAAAAAGGUUCAAACAUUACUAUAUUGUGCAUACUAUUUUCAGUAUUCAAGGAACAGGUCAAAAAUAGCUUAAAACGAAAUUUAAUUGUUAGUGUUUGUGUUGGACUGUUUAUGAAAAUAAAUGCCAGCCUGUACUCUUUCACAUAAUGUCCUUUCAAACCUUUACUUUACUCCUAGUCAACCCUAUACUUUCUUGUAAGUAUGGCACCAAAGGGCAUUGAGUUUUGUAUGACCUAGAAUAAAGUCAGGUUGUAUUUUGUCGCAUAUUUUGUGCUAAUUAAUUUCCACAUGCAUAUAUUUUUGUUAUUGUUUAUAUUUUGUUUUGUGUGGUUACAGACAUUUUUAAGAUGAAUUUACAACUUGAAUCCAAAUACAGUUUAAUCUCAGAGGUAAACUUUGUACAUGGAGUUUCAUUAUGAUACAUGCUUUACAGGCUGUCUUGUACUAACUAAAAUAAUUUUACUCAGAAUUUUCCAUUGCUGGUUUAGUCAUUUAUUUAUCUACAGAAUCUCAUCAAUGUUAAGUCAUUUGUGAUCUCAGUACUUGGGUUUUAUAAUCUCAUAUUUGCAUAAUUAUGUACGUGUGGUAAUGGUGCUAAUAAUAGAUUAUAUUUACAGUUAAGAUUAAACAGAAGUUUGAGUUUACUUUAUACAUGCUGCAGUAUGAUGUUUGUAUUUGCUUUAUACCUGCCCUGGUGCAGUAGUGGUACAGUGUUGAUAACAGAACAUCUGUAAUACUGUUAGCAUGUACCUCUUUUGCUCUGACCUCUGUCAUUGUCUCAUUCAGUAGUCAAUAUUAUAAAGCUUGCAAAGGCCUUUAAUAUGAUUUCUGUUUUAUCAAGUGUGUAGCACUUUCUUCAUUUAAGUCAUUUGAUUUCAUCUGUUAAUGGCCCCAUGUGGUUCUGGGACGAUCUGUGUAUGAAAAGAAUUGGAACCACUGCCUUACCCUUGCGUGAUCGUAAGAGGCGACUAAUAGGGUCUUAACACUUGGUUUUGCAGUAACUCUGUGAUUCCAGCAGGUAUGCAAAUUUUUAUUCCGUACCUCAUGUUUUUAUUUCGAUGUAAAUGAGAUGUGGAACCAAAAUUUGUAGUCCUGUUUGGCGCCAUAUAACCUAUACUGUGUUGGUGCGCCGUAAAACCCAAAUAAAUAAAUAAAAAAAUUCAUCUGUUAAUGAUCUUAUUACUGUGCUGUAGAUUGACUGAUUUUUGUGCAGGCUUUAUUUAGCAGUGUCCUGGAUGGCUGUCAUAUUCACUGUUUAAAGAAUUCUUAAAACUCGAGUGUCUGUGUUGUGGGACAUAAUGCAGAUUAAUAUGCAUGAAUAUUUUAAAUUUGCAUUUCUCGAAAAUAUUAGUGAAAAUAAAACUAGGGUGAAUGUGAAACAGUCUACAAUAAUCAGGGAUAUUUUGAAUUUAUACAAAACACCAAAAACAUUGUUUUGUUUUUUCCCUUUAUUGGUGCCUGGGUUGUCUUAUUGCAAUAUAUGGAUAUUUUGUGAUUUUGUUUUACUAAUAUGCCAAAAAAUAAAUGUGACAGUCAA